AUGAAAAGGAAGAAGAUUCUGAGAGACAAAGAUGACUAUGAUAGGGGGGUUCAGAGAAAUUGGAAAAGACAAGAUAAUAGGAAAUCAAUGUGGAUAGAACAUCACCAACCAAAAGUGACUAGAACCCCUAAUGCUAUAAGAAAUGGAUGGAGAAAUGAGGGCAACAUGAUGGAGAGAGAGAGAUUUAAUCCCUCAAUAAAUGAAAAAGAAAGUAGACAUUACCACCAACAACACUCCUAUACGAGAUCUAGGAACUACCCCAGAAAUCAAGAGAGAAAUAUGGAGAGGAAGAGUGGAAGAUCUCCCAGAUACACAAUUGAGAGAAAUAACUACAACUAUCAACAUCGACAAUCCCCUUCCCCUAAUAGAGUACAGUUUGAGACUAAACAUAGAAGGUAUGAAGGGAGAAGGAACUAUCCUUCACCCAUUGGAAAGAAGACUCUAAGAGAAAAAAGAGAAACCCCAAGGAAGUCCCCUAAGAGUACACCACUUGUAGAAUCCCAUAUAAAUCUUUCCCAGAAGAGGGAUUUUUUAGGGGAUUUUUUAGAGAAAAGAGAAGAGACCAGAACGGCACUAAAGAAAUCAUGGAGGGAAAGGGGAGACCAACCACGAUCCCCAAUCCUGAGAAAAAGACAAAGAAGAGAAGAAGACAGGGAAUAA